AACACCCCCUCUUUUUCACAUAUACAUUAGCUCAAACAGAAAAGAAAAGGAAUGGCUAAUAACAAGAACCACAUACUCCCAACAUUUCCACCUCUUCUAAUCAUCAUGUUCUUCUUCUUCUUCUUCUUCUUCCUUUCUUCCCUGCCCAUUCAUCUAGUCGAGUCGCGGGCGCCUUUCGCCUGCGACCCGAGAAAUGGGGUGACGAGAAACCUUAAGUUUUGUAGAGCAAACUUGCCAAUACAUGUCAGAGUGAGAGACCUGAUAUCCAGAUUGACAUUGCAAGAAAAGAUAAGAUUGUUAGUGAACAAUGCAGCUGCUGUGCCCAGACUUGGCAUUCAGGGUUAUGAAUGGUGGUCGGAAGCUCUUCAUGGUGUUUCUAAUGUGGGACCAGGUGUUAAGUUUGGUGGGGCCUUCCCCGGGGCUACUAGUUUCCCUCAAGUCAUCACCACCGCUGCUUCUUUCAAUCAGUCUCUUUGGGAGCAAAUUGGACGGGUAGUGUCUGAUGAAGCAAGGGCAAUGUACAAUGGAGGACUUGCCGGAUUGACCUAUUGGAGCCCUAAUGUGAACGUGUUUCGUGACCCUCGUUGGGGCAGAGGCCAAGAGACUCCCGGCGAAGACCCUGUUUUAGCCGGUAAAUAUGCUGCCAGUUAUGUCAGGGGACUUCAGAGUAGCACAGGUCUCAAAUUAAAGGUUGCUGCGUGCUGCAAACACUACACUGCCUACGAUCUUGAUAAUUGGAAUGGCGUGGAUCGUUACCAUUUCAAUGCUAGAGUAAGCAAGCAAGAUUUGGAGGAUACGUAUGAUGUGCCAUUCAAGGCUUGCGUGGUGGAAGGGAAAGUUGCUAGUGUAAUGUGCUCUUACAAUCAAGUUAAUGGAAAACCUACUUGUGCUGAUCCUAUUCUGCUCAAGAACACCAUCAGAGGUCAAUGGGGUCUUAACGGAUACAUUGUUUCAGACUGUGACUCUGUCGGUGUUUUAUAUGAUAACCAACACUACACUUCAACACCUGAAGAGGCAGCUGCUGCCACCAUUAAAGCAGGUCUUGACCUGGACUGUGGUCCAUUCUUAGCAAUCCACACAGAGAAUGCUGUGAAGAAGGGUCUAUUAGUAGAGGAGGAUGUAAAUUUGGCAUUAGCCAAUACAAUAACAGUCCAGAUGAGACUGGGCAUGUUUGAUGGAGAACCAUCGGCUCAUCCUUAUGGUAACUUAGGCCCAAGGGAUGUUUGCACUCCAGCCCACCAAGAAUUGGCUCUAGAGGCAGCCAGACAAGGCAUAGUCCUGCUUGAGAAUCGUGGGCAGGCCCUGCCUUUGUCUAGUAGUCGUCACCAUACUAUAGCAGUCAUUGGGCCUAACUCUGAUGUAACUGUUACAAUGAUAGGGAACUAUGCUGGUAUUGCAUGUAAAUACACAAGUCCCCUGCAAGGAAUCAGCAGGUACGCUAAGACACUUCACCAAAAUGGAUGUGGAGAUGUGGCCUGUCACAGUAACCAACAAUUUGGAGCAGCAGAGGCUGCAGCUCGCCAGGCUGAUGCUACUGUUCUAGUAAUGGGUCUUGAUCAAUCCAUAGAAGCAGAAUUUAGAGAUAGGGUAGGCCUUCUCUUGCCUGGCCACCAACAAGAACUUGUAUCAAGGGUGGCUAGAGCCUCUAGAGGUCCUACGAUACUUGUGCUAAUGAGUGGUGGUCCUAUUGAUGUCUCAUUUGCUAAGAAUGAUCCUCGUGUUGGUGCUAUUUUAUGGGCUGGAUAUCCUGGACAAGCCGGUGGUGCUGCCAUUGCUGAUGUUCUGUUUGGAACAACCAAUCCAGGUGGAAAGCUGCCAAUGACAUGGUAUCCACAGGGUUAUCUUGCUAAGGUACCAAUGACAAACAUGGGAAUGAGACCAGACCCAGCAACAGGCUAUCCCGGUAGAACCUAUAGAUUCUACAAAGGGAAUGUUGUGUUCCCUUUCGGUCAUGGAAUGAGCUACACUUCAUUUUCUCACUCUCUAACUCAAGCACCAAAAGAAGUCUCACUACCCAUUACCAAUCUCUAUGCCUUAAAUACAACCAUUUCAAGCAAAGCAAUUAGGGUGUCACACAUCAAUUGCCAAACCAGCUUAGGAAUUGACAUUAAUGUUAAAAACACUGGCACAAUGGAUGGAACUCACACUCUCUUAGUAUUCUCUAGCCCACCUUCAGGAGAAAAAGAGUCUUCUAACAAACAAUUGAUUGGUUUUGAAAAGGUUGAUUUAGUUGCAGGUUCUCAAAUACAAGUAAAGAUUGACAUUCAUGUGUGCAAGCACUUGAGUGCCGUCGAUCGAUUCGGAAUCCGAAGGAUUCCAAUUGGUGAUCAUCAUAUUUACAUUGGCGAUCUCAAGCAUUCUAUUUCUCUCCAAGCAAACAUGGAAGAGGCCAAGCAUUAGUAAUAUUGUAGGAUUAUUUGAUCAAACACAACUGUAAGAUAAGUAUAGAAGGUAAAAAAGAUGAAGCAUUUUUAAGAGAUUGAGCAAAUUGCGAUACAAAUAGGUAUUGAUCAGUCCGCAGUGCAUUCACUUAUUAUUGCAACCAAUAAAAUUGAGUGAAGGAAUAUUGGUCAAUGUAAGGCAAUAAAGUACCAGCUAAGAGUAUAGCUGGUUGCCAUUCUUGUCCCUUUUUUGUGCAACUGUAAUUGUUUGCUGCAUGGUGCUUAAUUGUAACUUGUGCUUAGUACAAGUGAAUAUAGAUUGAAGAUUUGAAUCA